AGGAUUAUAAACGAAAGCAUUAGAACUUACAGUGAUUUCGAGGUUAGGAUUGGGUGACAUGGCAUGGUCGGUCGGUGUAAACGUGGAAUCGCCGGUCAUGGUUUUGGCGGAGAGCUUCACCAGGCCUUCUGUCAAAGUAGGUACAUUGUUAUAGUUGGAACCAAACCGUUGGUUCUGGUUGUCCACCCCUCCAAGGUGUAAGAGCCACAACCAGAAAGAAAAAAUGGCUCUGGCUUGGGCUCCUCUGCUUCCACGGCCUCUGAGCCACCAACCCUCUUCUCCAAUCUCCACCAAAUCCAACAAAACCUGCUUAUCCUUAUCAUGGAAUACUAGUAUUAGCACCGGUUGUACUAAAUACAGAGCAUCAACAGCGGUCAUAACCAAAGCUACAGCCGAUGACAAAGACCAAGACUCAGACUCAGACGAACCGGCUUUCAAUCCCUUUGGCUUUGUUACCAAUAACCCUUCCAGCCGCAGCGCCAUUCAGCUCCCUGAGAGCCCUGCCGAGGAUGGCAAUGUUGGCCAAAUGCUCUAUAGGAUAGAAGACAAGGGAAGGGAGUAUGGCUCAUACGUCAUAUCAGGAAAGUUCAGAUGGUUUGUGAGAGAAACUGGAUCAGCCAAAAGCAGACGAGGAACAAUUGUUUUUCUUCAUGGGGCUCCAACACAGUCCUAUAGCUACAGAAAUGUUAUGUCUGAGUUGUCAGAACUUGGAUUCCACUGCUUUGCACCUGAUUGGAUAGGAUUUGGUUUCAGUGACAAGCCGCAACCAGGAUAUGGAUUUGAUUACACAGAAAAGGAGUUCCAUGAGGAACUUGACAGACUACUUGGCGUCCUGGGAAUUGAAUCUCCAUUUUAUUUAGUUGUUCAGGGAUUUCUUGUAGGUUCAUAUGGACUAACAUGGGCCUUGAAAAACCCAAGCAGGAUAUCAAAGAUAGCAAUCCUGAAUAGUCCAGUGACAGUCUCAUCUCCGACUCCAGGAUUGUUUCAGAAACUUAGAAUCCCUCUUUAUGGUGAAUUUACAUCCCAGAAUGCAAUUAUAGCUGAGCGAUUUAUUGAAGCAGGUAGCCCUUAUGUCUUGAAGCUGGAAAAGGCUGAUGUUUACCGGUUACCUUAUUUGUCAAGCAGUGGACCCGGAUUUGCGUUGCUGGAAGCUGCAAGAAAAGCUAAUUUCAGUAAUAUCUCUAGCCAAAUAGCUGCUGGCUUUGCAUCUGGGAGGUGGGAUAAACCAGUCCUGCUUGCAUGGGGAAUAUCAGACAAGUAUCUGCCUCAAUCUGUUGCAGAAGAGUUUCAGAAAGGAAACCCUGAUAAUGUCAAGCUUAAGUUGAUAGAAGGUGCAGGACACAUGCCCCAGGAGGACUGGCCUGAGAAAGUUGUGGAAGCUUUGUGUGUAUUUUUCUAAAUUUCAAAUAUGAAAUCGACAGUGUCAUGUCAAUACUGGCAUUAUAUAGAGGUGCUAUUUGGUAAAAGGUAAAACAUCACCAACUCAAAAUUCCAUGAAUGAUCUGCAGCAAGUUCAUCAACUGUAAACGUGAUUUAUGCAGGACAAGCAAACUUUAAAAGAGAUCCACAUCCUGCUUAUUGCAAUUCAUGUAUAAAUUUUGCUGCUUUUUUAAUCUGUAUAUAUCUUAUAGGAUUUCUUUUUUCUUUUUCUUUUUUUUUUUCUUAAAACCAGAUUUGUACGUUUGGGAUUCCAUAAUUUGGUACUUAUUUUCUCUUUC